UUGGAAAAACUGAUAAAUUAUGAACGCAUUUGGCAAAAUUAAAUUCUUUUUUCAGACAUUUCACAUGGUUUUUCAAAGCAACCUUGAAAGUUUUUACUUUGAAAAUGUUUCAAAUUGUGUAAAGCAAAAAACGAGAUAAAUUAAUUCCAAAAAUGGAAAAUAUCGGAAAAAUUUCAUUUGAACGGCAAACAGAGCUGGGACGAGGCUAUGGCGGAACGCUGGUCUGUCGAGGCCGCUUUGAACAGCGAAAUGUUGCCGUUAAAAUUCUGUCGAAAAAUUAUUUCAAAUUCUUUCAAAGAGAAGUGUCAAUUUUACAAAGUGUUGAUUCACAUCCGAAUGUUGUUCGGUAUUUCUGCAGUGAAGAAGACAAUAAAUAUUAUUACAUUGCGCUGGAAAUGUGCACCUGUACCUUAGAUGAAUGGAUCUCUCGGUCUGACCUUGUUAAAAAAAUAAAUCCAACGAAAAUUCUCUACGAAACCGCACUGGGACUGUCGUUUUUGCAUACAAUGACGAUAAUUCAUCGAGAUAUAAAACCACAGAAUGUUUUACUGUGUAUUCAACCAACGGGCGCGGUGACGAAACUCUCCGACUUUGGGAUGGCAAAGGACUUUUCACAUGACAGUCAAUCAACCGUCAGUUCAAUGUCUUUAAGUGACAAUUGGAUGGCGCCGGAACUAUCUUCUCAUCAUAAAGCGAAUAGAUCGACGGACGUUUAUUCUCUGGGAUGUGUCUAUUACUACACGCUGACACAAGGGCAAAAUCUCAGAGAAAACAGUAAAGUAUUAAGUUCUAAGCAAGGCCACAGCGUAGUACUUGCCAAUGCAUUGAUAAUGAAUAUGACAAAACUAGAGCCGAAUCAACGACCGACAUCUGCAAAAGUAGCUAGCAAUCCUUUGUUCUGGAAAGCGGAAAAACUGUUGAAUUUCAUUGUGGACAUAUCGAAUAAAUUAGAAAAGCGUGAUUCAUCCAGCGACCAGAUAAGAAGUGAAAUGAAAACUAUUGAGAGUGACAUUGUUGGUGGUGAUUGGUUGAAAAAACUUGAUGCAGAAAUUGUGCGAAACCUGCAGCAACGGCGAGGAUAUAAUGGAACGUCAAUGGAGGACCUUAUCCGAGCAAUUCGGAACAAGAGAGCACAUUACGAAGAGACUUCCAAUGAAAUCAAAGAAAUAUUUGGUCAACUGCCUGAAAAAUUCCUUCAUUAUUGGACAAGUCGCUUUCCGAAACUUAUCCACGCCCUUUAUAUUAUUGCCAACAGAUAUUUGCUUAAUGAUCCAACUUUUCACAACUUGUAUCUAAGCGAAUAAAUGACUAAACUUUAGAAUUGCUCGAUCUAACUAACAAUUAUGAAAAGCUACAAUUUCGAAUUCAAUUAAAAUGUUGCUGCUCGAUCUCUCAUUCUUCAUGUGCAUGUAAACCACUUCGAUUACAUUUUGUGAG